AUGAAGCACCUCGCCGCUUACCUCCUCCUUACCCUCGGUGGUAACGAGUCCCCCUCCGCCAAGGACAUCACCGGCGUCCUCUCCGCCGUCGGCAUCGAGGCCGAUGAGGAGCGCGUCAAGACCCUCCUCUCCGAGCUCAAGGGCAAGGACAUCAACGAGCUGAUCGCCGAGGGCUCCAGCAAGCUCGCCUCCGUCCCCUCGGGCGGUGCUGGUGGCGCUGCCGCCGCUGGUGGUGCCGCCGCCGCUGGUGGUGCUGCCGACGCUCCCGCCGCCGAGGAGAAGGAGGAGGAGAAGGAGGAGUCCGACGAGGACAUGGGUUUCGGUCUGUUCGACUAA